UCGUCAUUUCGUACAAUAAUAAAAAAUAAGUGAAACUUCACUUCGUAGCAGCAAGUUGGUGGAAUAUUUGGUGUUAUCAAUUUUACCUCUGUUAUCGUAAUCACACCGCGGGUUUUCAACUUGUGCACGGUUCUGGUUUAGUUCCGUUCCGAUAACGUCCGGCCGGAAGGGUUGUCUCCCUGAAAGUGGUUGUGCGCGGAUCGUGUCGUCGCCUGACCUCGAAGCUGCUCCGCCGCGAAGUAGCUCCUCUCGCCAGCACUAACAAUGAUUCGCGUUUGAGAAAGAUAGUGCUGGAAUUCGACCUUUAGACCUCUCCCUUUUGCGAGGAGUGGAACCUAUCUCUGGCGGCCGACGACAACGGCAACGGGAAGGUCCAUUGGUUUGGUAGUGCGAUAUCUACGACGACAGGAUGUCCUUCAAGGAUCUAAUCGAGCCAGAAUGUGGCGGAGCGAAUCCCCUGAUGAACCUGGGCCGCCAGGUGACUCGGGAUGUCGCGUUCCAAGACGAGGGUUUUUCCGGAGCGCGUUCGGCCUUCAUAGGGUCGGAUAACGAUCUGGUGAAAGAAUUUAUGGGCCAGAUUGCUCCUGCUCCGCAAUCCUUUCGUAUGGAUGUGCUGCUGAAGGAGAUGCGAGACAUUGAUGCGCAAAACUUUCAUCAGCGACAGAUUGUACCUGGACCACCGGUCAUCGAGGAAGUGAACCGGUCCGAUUUGGACUGGGCCAAAGAGUUUGCCGUCGAUUCAUCAGCAGGAGGUUCAUCGGCCCACCAUGGCCAUCGGGCGGAGAGUAAACUGACCAGCAUUUGGUCGAGCUCGCACCUGGCACCGAUCGAGGGCACCAUCAGCGAUGGGCCCAGCAAUAUACUCUAUGCGAAGGAUUUCUUCGAUCUGAACGAACCGAAAAGCGAAGAGGAACAGGUAUCGAUUCGCAAGGCCGCCGGCGAGCUGGUGGAAGUUGCCUACGGACAUGAUCCGGAGAAGAUGAAAUACAGCGAAUUUCUCAACUUUGUCGGCAACGUGGGCGACGGCACGGUGAAAAUCGACGACGGAAUGGUCUCCGGCGGCAAUGUUUGGGCCAGUCAGUUCGACCAGUUGGCAGCCGGUCCGUCGAAGGCAGCCACCAAGGAGGAAACAGGGAUCGCCGAAGAUUGGGCCAAGGCAUUCGAGGAAGGGAAGAAAGGGGAUCAGGAGGCGACCGAUAAUUACAAUAAGCAGUUUUGGGAACGUCUGCAGGAUGAGUGGCGCUCGCUGUCGGAAAACGAUAACCAACAUCCGUGGUUGUCAGAGUUUUCCGAAUUUUACGAUCCGUACAAGGAGUACAAAUUUGACGAAGAAAACCCAAUGACCAAUGUUGAGAAUGCUUUCGAGAAGGGAAAAGCAUUCCUGGCACAAGGAGACAUCCCGAGUGCUGUGCUGUGCUUUGAGGCAGCCGUUAAGCAGGAUCCGGAAAACCCGGAAAUUUGGGAACUUUUGGGUUUCAGCCAGGCUGAAAAUGAAAAGGAUCCGAAUGCAAUCGCCGCUUUGAACAAAGCUUUGUCGUUCAACCCGAAUAAUAUGCCGGUGUUGAUGGCUUUGGCGGUAUCGUACACGAACGAAAGUAUGCAAAACCAAGCGUUAAAAAUGUUGGUAAAAUGGAUGAAAUGUAGCCCGAAGUACGAAAGCUUGGUACCGCCGGUAAUGAUGGUAUCCGAGGAAUCACCGUUGGCCAGCUCUUUGAUGGGAGGACCGAGUUUGCAGGAGGUCCAAGAUCUAUUCAUAAAAGCUGUUCAGCAAUCACCGAAUGAGAUUGAUGCCGAUAUACAAGAAGCGUUGGGAGUCCUGUUUAAUCUGAGUUCGGAAUACGAUAAGGCGGUAGAUUGCUUCAGAGCGGCGGUCCAGGUACGUCCCAAUAGCUCCAAAACAUGGAACCGUUUGGGGGCAAGUUUGGCCAACGGUAACCGGUCAGUUGAGGCCGUCGAAGCAUACCAACGGGCAUUGGACAUACAACCGGGAUUUAUAAGAGCCCGUUACAAUGUUGGCAUCAUAUGUAUAAACUUGAAGGCAUACAAAGAGGCAGCCGAACACUUGCUAACCGCUUUGAAUCACCAGGCAUCAUCGAUUGCGCGAGCUGGAAUUAACGUUUCAUCUCCGGCUAAUCAGAUGUCCAGCACAAUAUGGACCACAUUACGGAUGGUGAUGUCACUGAUGGGGCGGCAGGAUUUGCAGCAAGCGAUCGAUAAUCGCGAUUUGGAUGUCCUCAAUCGGGAGUUUCCCAUGAGUAGCGACUAGAAGAUGUCUUUUGUGUUUAAAAACUUAGAAGGAAGCAAGGAAGGAAAAUGAUUUUUAUUUUUUUAUUACACAAAUAACCUAUGGUGGGACCUUGUAAACUGCAGAAAAUAAAUGAGAGGUUAAAAAUAAGAAAACUAAAAUUGAUGCAUAAGCAAAAAACACUAAUAGUAGUGAGCUAAACACAAAUUAAAGAAAACAAAAAAAAACAUGAAGGUGGAGAAGAAAACCUUAGAUUAGGAAUGGAAGAGAAAACGUUGAGCGAACAGAUUUAUAUUCGAAAGGGAUAAGUUCUUGAUGAGCAAUAUCAAAAACAAAACAAAGUUGUAAAAGAGAUGGUUGAAGGAGGACGUAUGAUAUUUUUCCUUUGUUUAAUUCUGUAAAAUGUCGGGUUUGAUAAGGGUUAAUAAAACACGAGUACAAGUAA